CCAAAGGUGUUUCAAAAUGUAUUUUAGGCGAGCCCAAAUUUAAUGGUGAUUUUCUUGGGGUCUUGGUAGACCUACGAGGAGUGAGGUUCACCAUAAGCGGGCUACUUUCAGGUGCAACUAUAGCAGCAGCCUUUUUGUUAGCACCUCGCAACUUCCGUGGAAUAGUCUUUUCCAAUGGAGCCACAUUUUAUUGCGUAGGAUGUAAGAAUACACUACAACUCCUCAUGGUGGAGAUAGUCCCAGGAAACCGAAAUCUACAGCUAAGAAACGAUCACCUAUAACAGAUUCAGGUCCGGUACCGGUACCGGUCCGUGAGUUUUUGCGGGUGUAAAAUAUUUGGAUGGAUUGGACAAAUGGAUUCUGACUGAAUGACGUCUUUCUGGUUGGUGUGAGAUUUUUAACAUUUCGUAAGAUCUAAUCGUACUAAUAAUUGCCUGAAUAAUCCUGUAUGUACUAUUGCAAAAUAUUGAACGAAUACUUAGUUUUUACAGAAUUUGUUGAACCCACAAUGAAAUUUGCCUACAAUACUUGACGCUUACAAUACUUAGUUUUUACAUAAUUGAUAUAAUAAAAAACAAUUGUUUUUGGCGUCGCGAUCUCGGUGUUGCGGUAGCAUGAAUUUAAUGCUGCAAACUAAUUUCGUGUAUUUGUAAUGGGUAUUGUUAACUGUACAGGUUUAAGGGUCUUCUAUUAUUAAUUCAACGAUAUAAGGCAUAACAUGAAUUAUAAGUAACACAUGAUAUGUGAGUGCACAUAUGUGAAAGAGAGAGUGAGUGAAAGAGAGAAAGAAACCGGAUGAAAAAAAAAACUUAAAAAAUUUUUCUGUGCUGCCAAAGUUGAACUUUAAUAAAAUUUAAGACUUGAGAGGAGACAAAUAUAAAUGAUUUACUGAACUCCUCGAUGUAUGGUACCCCGGUACCAAAUGGCCCACGACCGGUACCGGUCCGUGGGUUUUUGCGGAUGUAAAAUAUUUGAAUGGAUUGGAUAAAUGGAUUCUGACUGAAUGACGCCUUUCUGGUUGGUGUGAGAUUUUUACAUUUCAUAAGAUCUAAUCAAUCGUACUAAUGAUUGCCUGAAUAAUCCUGUAUGUACUAUUGCAAAAUAUUUAACGAAUAAAGCAUAAUUCAUGGAACGUACUUGAUAACAAUUGUUUCAAAAGUGGCGCUAUUAUCGGAGAAGUGACGUGCAAAAUGGCGACGUAAACCUGCACUGACCGGUAUUCGAACACGUUGAGGAAGCUUGUAUUUUUAAAAAACCGAAUUGUUUGUCGUUUCGGAAGAUAAUGUUGUUUGUGAUUGGUUUGGGAUUAGCUGAUGCUAAUGAUAUCAGUGUAAAAGGUCUCGAAAUUAUAAGAAAGUGCGACCGCGUAUACUUGGAAGCAUAUACGUCAAUAUUAACUGUUGGGCAAAAAGAGCUAGAGCAGUUCUAUGAUCGUUCUGUGAUCCUGGCUGACCGAGAACUUGUAGAGAGCGGUGCAGAAGAAAUUCUGGGAAAUGCGGAAAAAGAAGACGUAGCAUUCCUAGUAGUGGGCGAUCCAUUUGGAGCCACUACGCACACAGAUCUCGUUCUAAGAGCUCGUGAGAAGGGUAUAAACGUUCAAAUAGUGCACAAUGCAUCGAUUCUAAAUGCAGUAGGAUGUUGCGGACUGCAGCUUUAUUCAUUUGGAGAGGUCGUGUCUAUUCCUUAUUGGACCGACACAUGGCAACCUGACAGCUUCUACAAGAAGAUCGAAGCCAAUCGGUCUCGAAAUUUGCAUACUUUAUGCCUUCUGGAUAUCAAGGUAAAGGAACCAACGAUGGAAAGCAUUAUGACGAAGAGCAUAAAAUAUAUGCCACCCAAGUUUAUGACGACAGCCGAAGCAGCCGACCAGUUACUGAAAAUAAUUGAGAAAAAAUCUGAGAAAAUGGUCUACUCAGCUGACAGCUUGGUGGUGGGAUUGGCGCGCAUUGGUUCUAACGAUCAACAGAUCGUUGCAUCUACUCUCCAAGAAAUGAAGGAAACAAAUCUAGGUGGACCUCUUCACUGCCUCGUGAUACCUGCAAGAUCGUUGCAUCCCUUGGAAUCCGAAUAUCUGCUUCAAUAUGCCACUGAUAAGGAACGAUUUCUAGAGAUCAUCAAACGCGAGGAGACCCUCUAAGUCAAAGAUACUCUACUACCAUGUACACCUACCAAUUUUAUUUUUUUUUUAAACUAGCAUAUUUGAAUAAUUACAUAAAAGCGUAUAAAUAAAAAAAAAAAAUGCAAACAUGAUUAUGAAGGUAUCGAUCGUUGCUUCGGAACACUUUAAAGUUCUGAUGGUUAAAUAACUAAGUCAUGGGGACACAUAAUGCUAUGCGAUAAGUUAUGACUAGUGUCGACUCUGAGAUAUAAUUUCUAUAAUAUGUACGGAAGGUCGUGUCGACUUUCUUAAAAAUAAUCAACCUGGUCAAAUCGAUAAGCUCGAAGGCCGCCUUGAAAUAAUACUGAAAAUCACGCUAUGCGU